ACACUUUCCAGUUUAAAUAAGAAACUGGCCAGAUACUUGGAGUGGAUAAGCAGAAAUCGGUGGCCUCGAGGUAAGUUUAGAGUCGGGACAGGAUCGAUCGACUUCGUUCCAACAGUGCAGGCUAGGCAAAGGUUGUCGGACACCCCGUAUAUGUACGGCCACAUACCAAGACGGGCUACUCGGUAGCUGCGUGAGAUACAAGGGGUUGUAUAUCAAGGAGCCACGCCUAACACGAGAACCACUUCCGGUCUAGACACGCGAGCUUGCUUGCCUGCCAACCCAGCCCCAGCCUUGAGCGUCCAAUCGGUUCUCUAAAUACGUCGGCAUUUACAACCUCCUCCUAUCCAACCUAUUCCUACGACCUGGCUCAGAAUUGAGUUUUCUCUGCCGCCGGGAAAGCAGAACGCGAUCCAACUCACGCUCGCGCUGAUAUCUUUACGUGACUACGCGCCGAUUGAAAUCUUGCGGAGCAACAACAACACUCGACGUAGGAUUGGUCGCGAUGGGUAACGCUCUUGGCGAGGAGACCUAUGCACGUUCAGAACGUGUCAGAGAUGGAAAAGCAACCCAGUCUCCGGGGAGCUCUUUUAUGGACUUUGCUGCGACUGAUGCUUUCCAAAUAGUUUGGAUGGCAAUCCAAACCAAUAGCAUGGGACAGAAUAGAAUGAGGGUCAGAGCCGCGUUCAAAAUGGAGCUUGUUUGGAAAAUUCAUUGGCAGUUAUGCAACGAAAAAGUUAGCUGUCUGCAAUAUAUUGAAACGAUGCGCUCCUUUCUUUCGUUAUUACGAUCAAAAGAAUUAAAAGCUUGUGCGCCGCUGCUGCAAUUGAAUAGACGUUGGCAAUAAUUAACGAUAAUUGCAACCUCUUUUCGGUUAUUUUCGAUUCACUAUCUUUCGAUCGUUAAAAAUGUUUUUCAUAUUUUAGAAUACUUUGUCUCUAAUAGAUAGAAAAUUUCCUAAAAAUUUGAAAUAUUUUUUUUUUUUUAGUACGAAAGAAUAAAAAACAAAAUUUCUGAAAUUGUGGAAUAUCUCUUGUUUAAUUUGUAAAAGAAAAAAAAGCGAAAAAUCGUUAUUAAUAUUCGCAUCUUUCCAUUUCAACUUUAUUGAACCAAUUACAAAAAUUGGAAAACUAUAUCCGUGCUGAAAUCACGUUAUUUCUCUAAAAUUUUCUCGGAAACGUGUGAAAGAGACAUUGUAAAUGUUAGAUCUUCGUAACGCUGCAGAAACGAAGUUCUAUUUAAAAAUGUCAAAAAAAUAGAUAUGAUACGCUGCCUCUCGAAAAUCUGUUUUGAAGUUCGCGCAUCGAUUUUUAUUGACUUUUAAAAAUUGAGUUUAUAUCGGUUUUGAUAAUGUUGUAACGUUGCAGAUCAAUUUCUACAGAAAUUUUAUUUUGCUUUUACUGGUGAUUGCUACUACGGGAAAAUAUUUUUAAAACGCAUUAAUAGCGUUUGAAUAUUCCGGCAGUUUCAUCUGGAUUAUCGAUUUUAUUUAAAUUAGCUUCUACUUCAAAAUUAAGCUGGGAAGGUAAACUGAUACGCAUUGGAAUUACAAAAUUAUGUACAUAAUACUUUGAAUUCGUUCUAUCAAAUAAACAUAUAUUGUAGGUUAUAACUUUGCUAUAAUCACAUAAAAAUAAGAGAACAUUUAGACAGUAAGACAA